GCUCCUCCCAGCAGUUCAUACCUGACCGCCUACCCACAAAGGUCUUCGCGCUGUCCUUGCAAGGAAGCGCCGUGGAAUCCUACGCAUCCAUUCAUCGGAGCCCCUGGAAGCAGUUGUAAGAGGGCGCGCUUGGGUCUUCUGUUCUGUCUGUGAAGUCAAGUGCUGUGAAAGAGUCUGACUGUGAUUUGGUGAUUUUUUUUUCUACGUGACCCCACACACAGUUGUUGUCCAGGAACAAACUUUCCCCGGGUCUCUUCAUCACCUCGGGAAAAUCGAUUAGCGCUCGGAUUAUCGUAGCCUGCGUUGAAAAGCCGCAGUUUAUGAAGAUCGUGGAUUCUCGAUAGCCACUCUUGGCGUUGUACGAGAUGGACGGCGCUGGUGCUGUAUAUGAGCAGAUGGUUCACGCCUUCACCGACGCCUACACAACUGCACUUUAUUCUUCACGCCAGCCCUCAACCUUCUAUCCUGCACGCCCACCCACUCCUGACAGUGACUACGGGUCUUUGAGUCCCGCCCUAAGUCCACCCCAUAGUCCUACAGCCACACCUGGUGACGCUUGGGCGCAAUUCACUAUGGCACAACCAAUGCAACAAACUUCGACAACCACCGCCGCUGGUUAUGUUCCGUAUUCCGAAUACACGCAACUCUACGCUACAUCAGGAACUGCAGGUAUUUUCACGCACGCUGGAAGUCCAAAGCCCGUGUCCUUAACCAGUCCAAGAAGUCCAAGCAUUCCUAGAAGUCCAAGUAUCCAGCAGCAACAAAAACCCUCCAGUUAUCAGAGUAGAUCAUUAGUGACGUCGAGAGCCUCCGUGGCAGUGCCAUUCGUCUCCUUAGAAAACAAACGCGAAACUCAGCCGAGAUACGGCGACCCCGCCAUCCAGCCGAGUGCCAUCAAGUCGCCGAAGGGGCAGCGCGGGAGCAGCCGUUGCAACCGGAAGCCACGGGCAUCCCGCGAAGUGACCGAGGGCGUGAGAAAGAAGAGGAGGCUGGCCGCCAACACUCGAGAGAGAAGAAGAAUGGAUAACCUGAACAAGGCCUUCGAUCGUUUGCGUUCCGUUCUUCCGCAACUUUGCGACGAUCGCAAGCUCUCGAAGUACGACACCUUGCAGAUGGCGCAGACUUACAUCACCACGCUCGCCGAUCUCCUCAUUUGACGGGAUCGGUCUCGUCUUUUGUCUUUCCAAAGAUUCUCAAGUUGUUUUACUGCAUGACCAGAUCCCGUCUGCAACUCCUUGUAGAUUAAUCUGACGAGGGGGCAAAAUGUAAAUAGAUAUUGUUUAUGAUAUUGAUAAGGAUAGAAAAACGGAAGCGUAAGUUUCAGAUCUCACUGAUAUUUAUUGUAAAGAAAAGGAGAUUUUUUUUUCUUUGUGAGUUUAGGUUUGUUUUUGAACUCCUUAUACAUAAGAAUAGAAAAGACUUGUGUUUUCAUUGGAAAAUAAUCCAGUGUAACUGAAAUGGAAGAAUUAAGGAAACAUAUAUGCCGUAUCUAUUAUGUUAAUAGUAAUAUGUAAUUGUAGGCUGUAUGUUCAUUUAUAUGUAUCUCCAUUUGCACAAAUCUAAGGUUGCAUUUGAAACUCAAUGUAAAUGUCAAGUACUUUUACUUUUUCAUCGUCAGCUGUGAGCGUAAAAAAGACACAUUUUGAAAUAGGGUCUGUGAAUGUACUGUUGUGAUGUUAAUUAUAAAUACGUAUUUUUUUUCUUUAUCUGCCAUGUUGUACAAAUAGCUUAUGUUCCAGACUACCUUUAAGCUUUCUGUGUGAUGGCUGAAAUUUGUACGUGUGCCAAAAUUGGUUGUUUUUUGUUGUGAUCAUUGUAGGCCGAGUCUAAGUUUUUGUUUUGUUUAUAGAAAAGAGGACAUUACAAUGAAUGAGAAGCAUGAUGUAUACUUCAAAGAGUCUUCUUCAGUAUUAGGGCAUAAUAUUGAAGUCUUUCUAGUCAAACUUCCCUUCCUGUAAGAAUUAAGAUUAUAAUAAAAAGAUGA